AUGGGUUUGUCUUGGUAUUGUGUUCAUUCCGUUAUAUUGAAUGAUUCCGCUCAGUUGCUUCCUGUCCAUAUAAUGCAUACAACUUUGAUUGCAAGUUGGGCCAGUUCAAUGACUUUGUAUGAAUUAGCGAUUUUUGAUCCUCCUGAUAUUGUUCUUGAUCCAAUGUGGUGAUAGGCAAGUAUGUUCGUUAUACCUUUCCUGACUCGUUUAGGAUUUACCAAUUAAUGGGGCAAUGAGUAGCACAUGGGGAUUGUCACGAAUCUUGGAAUUUGGAGUUACAAAAGUAUGAUCGGGGCACAUAUUGUCUUCUCUGACUUGUGUUUUUUGACAACUAUCUGACAUUGAGUGUAUCGGAAUCUAUAAAUAUUUUGUGAUAAACGUACAGGAAAACCUUCUUUGGAUUUGCCCAAGUUAUUUGGAAUUCAUUUAUUUCUCUCAAGAGUGGCUUGCUUUGAUUUUGGGACAUUUCAUGUAACCGGCUUAUAUGGUCCUGGAAUAUGGGCGUUUGAUAAACUUUAA